CCUUCAUUCGUUCUCACCUUGGCUGCGCCAUUCGUUCUUUCUUCUGUCCCUCAUUGCUAUAUAUCCAUUAUUGCAUCAAAUCUGCUUCUCCGCUCAUUUUUUGAAACUUGAAAUCGAAAUGUUUGUGCAAAGUACUCUUCCGUUCCUUUGUCUAGUAGCUCUGGCAGCUGCGUUUCCGGUCCCGAGCCCCGAGAACUCGGAGAAUGUCGAGAACCUCGAGAAACGUAAUGGUGCCGGGAGCACCGUGGCUGCGUCAGCUGGCCUGGCAUGGUACACCUCCGAUGCGAAUACUGGCGUAUCAGGAUACGCCGACCCUUCAACAUACCAAUGUUUCUCCGGCCCCGCGUCCAAUUUUCCUGACUAUCCGCAAUGGAUGGAUUAUACCCAAAUGUUUGACCUCAACCAGAGAGUCUCCCUGUCGCAAUUAGAAAGUGGGCCAAUUCAAGGAAACAUCUGGGACGCUAUUCAAACGGUCUCUAGCGAGUCUAUGGUCGAUCCAAGGCUUAUCCUUGCCGUGAUUAUGCAAGAGUCCACUGGAAAUGUCAACGUUCCGUGCACAAACAACGGCGUUGAAAAUUGCGGAUUAAUGCAGGCCUUUGCCGGAAGCGUUUCCUUCGAUCCUUCAGAUUCACUUGGUUCUAUCACGCAGAUGAUUCGUGAUGGUACCCAAGGCACCGCCCAAGGACCCGGCUUGGUCCAGUGGCUCAAUAGUGACUCGGAGACGAGUUACGCCGGAAAUACUGAUGGCAGUCCUUAUAAUGCUGUGCGAGGAUAUAAUUCAGGCAGUAUCGACUUCACUAAUCUGAGUAAUCGCAACGGCGCAACAGCGAGCUAUGUUAGUGACAUCGCCAACAGACUGUUAGGAUGGGAUGGAAAUGGGGCUGGUUCCUCCGUUUGUGGCUUUUGAACAUCUGCUUCAGAGAUAGCGUUAUAUUCAGCCAGGCUUUAGACAC